AUGGGCUCGUCGUUCCUUGAGGUCCUUCAUGAUCCCUUGACACGCAAGCUACUUGGGUUCGACGCCGUCCACGCAGAGAAGACUCCAUUCAUCGGUGGUGUCACUUCGCGACUGAAAUUCCUGUUGAAUGACGCGACCACCCAUCUUUCAUUCCUCAAGAUCGGAUACACUGCGCUUGAGGCUUUUUUGCAAGCCAAUUGUACUGGACCACCACUCGAUUUCAAUCCUGAAGAAUCAAUAUUUCCAGAAGUAUACUGGAAUGAUGGUCUGAAAAUACUGAAGGAAGAGCUCUUUCAAUCUCUCGCUGUCGACGGCAGUGGACCUUAUCCGUUGACACCACAUAUUGAACUGUUCUGGCUAGCUAAGCUCCUAACUUCCGACACCACGCUCGCAGAAGCAGGGUUCAAUGGCCGUCGUGCUCGAUUCAGAGUCAACUUCUGGCAUCAGAAGCUUCUGUCCGAAGAGUCCCCAUCACUCCGCAGUGCUCUGUAUUCCGACGCCGAAAUCCUUGAACACCAGCUCUCGUCACGACUUGCAUAUGGAGGCGCAGCCGCUGAAGAACACUUUGUUGAAUUUCUCGUUGAAAGAGCCCUCGUUAAAACCCAUUAUGGGGACGACCAGGUUGCCAGGGUCGACCUCGCACAUGCUGCGACCACAAGACAGUUUCAAUUCGCACUGAGCGGCGUACUGGGAAAGCGCACAAAGUUUCAAGAUCGCGACAUCACCCAACUGGUUGUCCUGGCCAAGAGCAGGGAUCAUGAGCCAGAGCCCUAUAGCAGUCGAAAAUCAAGUCGAGCUGAAGCCUCGGACUCGAGGAAGUCAAGCGCGGUCGAUACGGGGUCUGCCUCGCGACACCCACGCCCAAAAAGUCCCAAUACCCCCAUCAGUCCUCCACCUACGUCGGUACCUUAUCGUUCAGCGACACCAACACGGCCGAUGGGUAGCCAUGAACAUCUCUCCCGUCUAGCAAGUCCGAUUACCCAACCAGAAAAUAUCCUUCUCAACGACGACACCCUCCUGGAACGGAUUCAUUUCAAGCAGACUUUGGUUCCAAUGUCUUCCGACAACAUGACCCAAGUUGUUCCCCCCGAGUCAGCUUUGCCACCUCAGCUUGCAGCGCUUGACCCCGCCAACCAACCGCUGCUGUUCCCCAUGGACAGUAUCAUCCUCCUAGCAACAGCUAGCAGUAUCUCUAACACCUCUCCAUCCGAUGGUCUUGUCAGGGAAGAGACGCUUCCGUAUGCUACACGGGUCCUAGAUGGCGGAUCUAGUAAUUGGCAAGUCUACACUCAAGCACUCCUAGUUCGAAGUAGAAUCGAAGGGUAUCGGUCCCGCACGACAGAAAGAGGCCUUCUCCAACUCCAAGCACUCGUUGACCAAGUCAUAGCUGAAACUUCCGAAGCCCAACCUUCGACAUCCUCGAAUUCCGAUCCUGAUGCUAAGCUCCCCGCCGCAAACACAUUCCUUCCUAAAGCUUCAGCCUCUGAGUCCGCCACUGUGGCUGAACGACUGAGAUACAUCUACCAGCUUUCACCUCCUUUGAGGUGGGAACUCGAAGCCGAGCUUGCGGCGCGCUGGACACAUAUGGGCGGGCUCAAGACGGCGCUGGAGAUUUAUGAACGUCUGCAAAUGCAUGCUGAGGUAGCGCUAUGUCUCGCGGCAACGGAUCGCGAGGGCGAUGCUAUCAAACUAUUGAAAUCCAUGCUCUUCGAGGAUGUCACCGCGAGUGCUACAACCGCUGCAAAAGGCCCAGCCCAAGAGAAUGGUGGCGGCUCCGACGAGACCAUUUCACUCAAAUUUCGCACCUCUCCUCCACCCACUGACGCACCUCGCUUGCUUUGCAUCCUGGGGGACAUCACAUCUCACCCUUCGUAUUACGAUCUAGCAUGGACUGCGUCAGGCAAUAGGUACGCUCGCGCACAACGUUCCCUCGGCCGGCAUUUCACCAAGAAGCGUGACUUCCCUGCUGCAGCCAAGGCGUUCACGCUUGCAUUGGGCGUCACGCAGGUAGACCGCAGCUGCUGGUUCUCCCUCGGCUGCGUCCAGCUUGAGCUUGAGGAUUGGAUGGGUGCAGUGGAGAGCUUUACGCGCUGUGUACAGCUCGAGGACAGCGACGGGGAGAGCUGGAGUAAUAUGGCAGUGGCUUUGUUGAAGUUACCGCCACCGCAGUCUUCAGCGACGGAGCAGCAGCCAGAGGAAGAUAAGGUGCCACAAGCGUCUGACACCCCUGACGCCGACCACGACCACGACGAACCUCCUGAUCCACUGACCCAGACCAAACAGCAACAGCUCGAACGCCGCCAACGACAGGGACCAUACGCACACACAUUCUCAGCUCUUCGCGCUCUCCGGCGCGCUGCAACUCUCAAGCGCGACGACGCUCGUAUCUGGGACAAUUAUCUGACAGUGGCGGCGUCGAUCCCACCCAGUGCGGGCACGCCGUGGAGUGAGAUCAUUCAGGCCAUGGGUCGUGUGAUUGAGCUCCGUGGGAAGCGAGAGGGUGAGGGGUGCAUCGAUCUCAACAUAUUAAAGGUUCUCGUCGAGUAUAUCACCGCGGGGUAUGAUUAUCCUGCCGCAGAUGGUGGUAGUGAGACCAGCAGCAGCAUGGCGGACGACAAAGCUGAGCCAGGUAUACGAAGCGAGACCAAGGCAAUUCAGCAGCCACCUACAGAAAAGUCAGCAACAUCAAUAACCACCCCGUCCCCGACCCCAGCCCGACUACUACACCUCCCCGCCUCCCUCCUGCACCUAAUCGACACGCAAAUAACACCGCUGGCCACCAGUUCCCCCUCCCUCUACCUCCUCCUCACCAAGGUCUCAACAUGGCGACACCGCCCGACAUUGGCCCUCUCCCAAGCCGAGAAAUCCUGGCGGCUUCGUCUUACCACGCUCUCGCCAUCUGAGGAUUUUGGCAGUUUAUCCCAGACGGACUGGGAGAGUGUCGUCAACAAAACUAUCUGGUUGAUGCGAGUGUACAAGGAGUUAGGCCCGAAGGAGAGGGAAAGGACAGGGGGAGUUGUGGAGUCGAAGUGGGCGUUUAAGGCGAGGACCGCCGCAAGGAGGGUUCUGGGUAGAGCGAAGGAUACCUGGGAGGGGAGCGACGGAUGGGUCAGGUUGGAGGGAGAGGUAGAAGGUCUGAGAGGAGGCGCGGAGUAG